CCCUGAGCGCCAGUGGCCGCCAGGGGCGGGGCUGCCGGCGGCGCCACCCCCGCGGUGGGGGCGGGGCUCAUCUCCUUUGCGCCAUGAUGAACAAAUGACCUCGCGGGGAAUGAAAUUUAAGUUCCACCGAGGGGAGAGAGUUCUCUGCUUCGAGCCCGACCCCACCAAAGCCAAAGUGCUCUAUGAUGCCAAGAUUGUUGAUAUUGUUGUUGGAAAAGAUGAGAAAGGCAGAAAGAUUCCAGAAUAUCUGAUCCAUUUUAACGGUUGGAACAGAAGCUGGGAUAGAUGGGCAGCUGAAGAUCAUGUUCUUCGUGAUACAGACGAAAACCGCAGAUUACAGCGUAAAUUGGCACGGAAGGCUGUGGCUCGCAUGAGAAGAAAGGGAAGAAAGAAGAGGCGUUGCAGGUUGCCUGGUGUUGACUCUGUAUUAAAAAGCCUUCCUGCUGAAGAAAAUGAUGAGAGCAGUGAAAACUCUAUAAGCAGUUCUUCUUCUGAAGACAGUGAUGAAGGAACAGAUGAAGAAAUAAAAAGUGAAGAAAGUGACAUAGAAGAAAGGACAGAAAUGAAAGAAGACCAAGACACUCACACAAAAAGGGAUAUGGAAGAAAGAGCAAUAAGCAUAGAAAUUCCAGAAGUGUUGAAAAAGAAGCUUGAGGAAGAUUGUUACUAUAUUAAUAGAAGAAAACGGCUAGUGAAGCUGCCUUGUCAGACAAAUAUCAUAACCAUCCUGGAGUCAUAUGUGAAACAUUUUGCUAUUAAUGCUGCCUUUUCAGCCAAUGAAAGGUCUCGGCACCACCAAAUGACUGCACAUGCUAACAUGAAUCUUCAUUAUGUGCCACCAGAGAAGAAUGUUGAGCUAUGUAAAGAGAUGGUGGAUGGGCUGAGAAUAACCUUUGACUUCACACUCCCAUUAAUUUUGCUCUAUCCUUAUGAGCAAGCUCAAUUUAAGAAGGUGACUUCAUCGAAAUUCUUUCUUCCCAUCAAAGAAAACUCAACAAGCACGAACAGAAAUCAAGAGGAGCUUUCCCCAAGUCCUCCUCUGUUGAAUCCACCAACGCCUCAGUCCACCGACAGCCAGCCUACAACAGGUGAGCCAGCCACACCAAAAAGGCGGAAAGCUGAACCUGAAAUCAUGCAGUCCCUGAGACGUUCUACGCGCCACAGCUCUAACUGUGACAGGCUGUCAGAAAGCAGUGCUUCUCCACAACCUAAACGACGACAUCUUGAGACCCCAGCUUCUAUGCCAAAGCUCUUCCUGCACCUGGAAAAAAAAACCCCUGUCCAUAGUGGAUCAUCUUCACCUAUAACUUUGACUCCUAGCAAAGAGGGGAGUGCAGUUUUUACUGGCUUUGAAGGUAGAAGAAACAAUGAAUUGAAUGAGGUUUUGUCCUGGAAAUUGAUGCCAGACAAUUAUCCACCAAGUGAUCAACCACCACCUCCCUCAUAUAUCUAUGGAUCUCAACAUUUGCUACGGAUGUUUGUGAAGCUACCAGAAAUACUGGGGAAGAUGUGCUUUCCAGACAAAAACCUGAAGGCUUUAGUGAAACACUUCGAAAUGUUUCUGAGGUUUUUAGCAGAAUACCAUGAUGAUUUCUUCCCAGAAUCUGCUUAUGUAGCUGCAUGUGAAGCCUACUACAGUACUAAAAAUCCUCGGGCCAUCUACUGAAGCUGUUGCUAAAGGUUAAAACCUACUAUAUAUAGCCCAUGACUGUGCUAUUUUGCCACGUGGCUACAAGAUGAAGACGAAAAAGGAAUUAAAACAGCUUCUGAAGGAACAGGGAAAUGACUUCUGUGAUGGUCAGAUUACUUAGGAACGGAGAACUUGUUUUCAGAGACAUGUAUAGACAGCAUUGUGAGUUGCGCAGAGGACUGAAUAUGGCUCUGACCCCAGAUAAAUGAAGAAGCCUUGUUCUGACUUCUAAUGCAUAGGACUGCGUAGGACUGUUGAAGAAGAAAGGAAGCAAAAGCAGAUGCAUUAGCAGCAGGAUAUUUUCAUGAAGAUAGGUCGUCACGCUGUGCUUUAUUGUAGCUCAAACUCUGCAACCUGGGAAAUAAGACUUGACUACACAGUUAAGUGAAGAGAAUGGACAACCAAUAUAUUAUGGAUUGCAUUUUCCUCACAAAUUGCACUUUAAAUCUUUGUGGAACAGUCAUGACGGAAAGCAUCGCUUAAUGUAAAGGUGGUCUUGUUGUUUGGCUUGUGUGAUAUCUGCCUCAAGACCUUUGUUGCUUGAAUGAGAGAUGUGUUGCUUCCUUUGCAUUUUGCAAAGGUGUGUAUAGAUGUAUAUACUCUUUUCUUAGUAAGCCUGCCAGAGUUCCAAGGAAAGCAUAUGUUGCCAGUGGUCCAACAUUUACUUAGCAAUAAGCGAAUUCCAGAGCCAGUCUGAAAGACAGGAUUUUCUACAAGCACGUGGAGUAGCCCCAGUGAUGGGAGUUCAACUGGCAAGUGCUUCUUUUCUUAAUAAAGUCCACAGUGGCUGUGGUGUAAAUGUGUGGUUUUGACUAUCUAAAACAUCUUGUUUGUACUUGGUUGGUGUUUUUGGGAUUGUGAAUUGUGCACAUAGUGAGAGGUGGAGGAAUUGACAGCACAGGGAGAAUCCCUUUCAGUAUCACUGGAUUUUAUUCUACAGACUUGAAUGUUUUUUUAGACAUCAUUAAAUACUUGAUCUCUGGAAACAGCAAUUCAGUGAGAACUGAGUGCCUAGAAAUCUGACUGCACAUUCAGUAGAAACUACUUGAAAUAAUUUUCUUGUCUUGAUUGUCAUCAAAACCUCAUCCAUGACUUAGAACUCUGGCUUUCUGAAUCCAACACAGAUUUUAAACAUACUGAGAGAAAAUAGGACUCAAAGCUCACAGACUCUACUGCUUUAAUCAUUGUAAUCUGUCCCAGUUCAGAAACUUCCACUGGAACACUCACCUGCAGUGUGAAACUCAACACACUUGUCCCAGAUUUGCAGAAGCUAGUAGUUAGGAGGAAUUAUCUUUCAAAUGUAAAUGGCAUGCUCAAUCUAAGAGGCCAGUAAAAGAAUCUGAAAUCUGCUGUUGGCAUUUGCUGUCACUUAUUUUUCAGUGUACUUGCACGUUAAAGCUUUUGAACUGAAAAGAUAAAACUUACCUUGCUUUUAGCAAUUUAUAACUGCUUGUCAGACAAAAACUUUCUAGAAAAGCUUGUUUAAUGUAAUGGUUGUUGAACAAAUGUUUGGCAUGGAUUCUUGGAGCUUUGGUGAUCGUUAUUUGUAGAGAUUACUGUUUAGUGGCAUUUGUUUUUCUAAUGUGUUUGUUGUGCCGCUCUCCCCAGCACACCAUCACCACCCCCUCUAUAGCACAAGCAUCUCAAAAUCCACUUUGUAGACAUGUUUCACUCUAGGCUUAGACCCUGUUUGUUCUGUAGACACAAUUUCACAAACUAUCAGUGACUGUCUAAUGAGGCUAAUCUUGGAAUAUUGCCUUAAACUUCCCCCUUAAUCCUUUCUAUUGCAGGAAUGUUAAGCAUAUGUACAAUAAGGCAAAUCUGGUUUUGUUCCACUGUUGAUACCUAUGAGUAUAAGGCAAGUUACGAACAGUGUUCAAACCUUGUUGUAAGUCUCUUGUUUAACUCCUCAAAUGGCAGUUUCUGCAUUCAGGAGCUGUUAAUACUGUUGGUGUUGCCUUGACAAUUCUCGAAACAUGAAAAUUUGGAAGGUCCUGUUAGUGUAGCCUUCAUGUGAACAAACGUUUGUAAAAAUGUCUUGAACCUGCUGUUGGAUAUUACAUUGCUAACUAUGUUCUUACAACAACAAAAAACCUUGAAUUGACAUGCCUUCCCCUUUCCCUUUGAAUUCAGAAAGUUUGGACUUGUGUGUUCAAUUACAGCAAGGUAUAUCUUUGACACACCUUCCCCUUGCAUACUGUCACACUACUUUUACUGCUUUGCUAUUUUUAUACUUGAUUUUAAAAUCUGUGUUUUUUAAGAUGAAGCAGUGCAAGAGAUUGGCAAAAACUUGAACUGCUUUGCCUAACGAGGUAGUCCUCACUAGUCUUGAAAUACAUGGAGACUUAGCAGUGUGGCUCCUAAAAUUCACUUGGAAUGAACUAUUCAAGGGCUGAUGGUGCCAUAGGGAAAGCUCUAUAUUUUAGGUACCCUGCUGGUGUGAAUAUGUAAUUAUUUGAAUGUCCUUGAGUGAUGAGAUUUUUGGUGAGUUUCACAUCCAACCUGAUAAAAAGUUUCUGCACUUA